CUUCCAUGGCGAAGAGUCGGAACCUGGAUGACAGUUGAGGAAGGGUGGAAAAAGAAAUGACAACGAAAACUUCGCUAAAGACAUCUUAACAUUUGUGAGAUGUUUGUAUGCAAGUUACCUUAUUGAUGUAACUUGUGUUUUUCUUAUUGUUCUACUCAAUACAAUUAUUUAGCUUGUUUUGAUUACGUUAGUUUUUAGUUGUUAGCUAGUACUAAUUAGCUAGUGCUAACGUUGUCUAGUUACUGCAGCCAGCUUUCGUUCGCCACUGUUGUGAUUAGCUAGCAUUGCUUGCUAAAAGCUAGCAAGUUAGUGCUAGGUAGCUAUACAGUAAUAUUUUUCUGUGGAGAUGGUUAAAAUGUACCCCCACCAUAAAUUUUCCAGAUAGCUAAAAGUACUAGUUAGAACCAUAUGCUACCUAUUUAUCCUAGCUUAGCAUCUUGCUUGAAACUUAGUUGAUGGCUACUACUACUAGUUAUCAUAGAUGAUUCUAGCUAUUUUGUAAGCUAGCUAGUGAAUGUUAUCCAGAUGCCCUAAAUAUGACAUGGCAUUUGUUUUGUUGACUUGGAAACAUUUGCGUUGUACGCCGUUACUUUUAACAGUGCCAGAAUUAUAACUGGCAAUCUAGCUAGCUUGUAAUUAUGGCAAAAAUAGAGAAUGGUCGUCAGUCAGUCGACACAACCAGCAUCAGGACUAGUAUUGGCAGUCAUGUUGACGACGAGAGCUCCCUUGGAUCCGACUCAGAGAUCAACGGCUUCACCAGCAGCAGACAUACCGAUAAAUAUGGAUUUAUCGGGGGAGCACAACAGUAUUCUGAAGACUCGGCCCAGGAUGUCCCCCCAGAGGUGUUGAGACAGAGGGAGGUCAAGUGGCUGGAUAUGCUCAGUCACUGGGACAAGUGGAUGGCCAAGAGACACAACAAGGUGAGACUGCGAUGCCAGAAGGGGAUCCCCCCGUCCCUGCGAGGUCGUGCUUGGCUCUACCUGUCCGGGGGAAAGGUGAAGAGAGAGCAGAACCACGGAAAGUUCCAGGAGCUCGACAGCCAGGCAGGAGACCCUAAGUGGAUGGACGUGAUCGAGAAGGAUCUGCAUCGACAGUUCCCCUUCCACGAGAUGUUUGUGUCGCGAGGAGGACAUGGGCAGCAGGACCUGUUCCGUGUCCUGAAGGCCUACACGCUGCACAGGCCAGACGAGGGCUACUGCCAGGCUCAGGCGCCCAUCGCCGCCGUUCUCCUCAUGCACAUGCCCGCCGAGGAUGCCUUCUGGGGGCUGGUCCAAAUCUGUGAGAAGUACCUUCCUGGAUAUUACAGUGCUGGCCUGGAGGCUAUCCAGUUAGACGGGGAGAUUCUGUUUGCCUUGCUGCGCCGCGUCUGCCCGCUAGCCUACCGUCACCUAGAGAAGCACAAGAUUGACCCCAUCAUCUACAUGACCGAGUGGUUCAUGUGCGCCUUCUCCCGGACCCUGCCCUGGGCCUCCGUGCUGCGCGUGUGGGACAUGUUUCUCUGCGAUGGUGUGAAGAUCAUCUUCAGGGUGGGCCUGGUGCUGCUGAAGAGCAUGCUGGGAACCCGUGAGAAGCUCAAGGCGUGUCAGGGCCAGUAUGAGACCAUGGAGCUGCUCCGGGCCAUAGAGGCCCGCUACAUGCAGGAGGGCUUCCUCGUACGAGAGGUCCUGGAGGUCCCCGUGUCGGAGCGCGACGUGGAGCGCGAGCACCACUCUCAGCUGAAGCGCUGGAGGAAGACCCGCGGCGAGCUGCACUGCAAGUGCCCCCCCAGGAUGCACGGCGCCCGGGCCAUCAUGUCGGCCGAGCCGCACAGCCGCCAGGACCUGCGGCAGCUGCCCACCAUCGUGGUGGAGUCCCCGGUGACCGCCGCCCAGCCCGCCGCAGCCGCCGCCCAGAAGGCGGAGAGGAAGAACAAGGAGGAGAAGAAGAACAAGGAGGAGAGGAAGAGCAAGAAGAGAGGGAGCCUGUUGAGGAAGGCUUCCGCCCCCGUCGUGCAGGUCCCCAACCCCUACCCUCUACUGGGCGACCCCCAGCCCCCGCCACCAGCCCCACCAGCCCAGCCCGCCAGCGCGGAGCACACCCCGCCCCCACAGGCCCUGACAGACCCUGAGCCUCCGUCUCCUAAAGACACGGCUCCAGCCAGAGAGUCUCUCCUCCAGCAGUCCACGCAGAGUCUCAACAGCGCUGAGGACACCUACCUGUGACGGUGUCCCCGUGACCGGAGCCCGGGGAGCCAUGUCCAACACUCAGCAGGACGGGGAGGAGGGGAGGGAGGGGGGGCAGGAGCUGGUGAAUGUCCCCCUGCAGAUACACUCUGGAUCCCACUGCAUGCCAAUUAAGCCUCUCUCUUUCUCAUCGGGCAUUCACAUAUGCAGCGGCGUGGGCGGAGAGUUCCGGAACCGUCUAACGUCGUCAAUGAAAUUUGGGGGUUGGGGUAGGAGCGUGUUUCUAAAGUUGUAGGAGGUUUUAGAGGCGGUGAUCCAUUGUUACGUUAUUUGUUUUACUCCCGUUCUCUUGGUUGGAUCCUCCCUGGCAGCUUGGUGGUUAGAGGGGUUGUGGGUUUAGCCUUAUGAAACUCAUGGUUGUCUUGGUCACGCUAGCUGUCGGUUUACUUUGACUAGCCCCUACUGAUGUCGCUCAUCCACUAAUGCCCUAGUAAACAAGUGACAAACUCAUGCUGUGUGCGGUAAUCAUUGUGUAAUUGGAACCAGGAAUGUGAUAUGGUAUCUAUAGGUAGCUAUGUAGCUUUGUUAGACAGACACGUUUGGCAACCUAAAGGAGGGGUGGAGACACAUACAAACUGUAGAUGCCAGUUGGUUGUAACUCAGUGAACUGAACGUAACUAGCCAGCAAACUGCACGCCACUUCCGCCUCGACACUGAAUAUGUGAAUGCCCUCCCAAUAAGCAAAACACUAGCACAAAUACCAGCCACACACCAGCCAAUCACGUCCAGGUUUGCCAUGACUCUUGCCAUUAACCAAUCAUAUUCUUCUCAACAAGCUUUGAAGACACUGUAUUGCCUCUUGCCAAAUGUUUCUUUUUCUUAGUUGUGUAUUCUGACCCGUAGGUGUCAGCUCACCUUCUGUGCAGGUGGAGAUUCAUUUUGAAACAGGAAUUGGAAAGGUAAUCAUGGCUAUUGAGGAGUGACAUGUUCCUUUGCGGCUUACUCUAAAGCUUUGAUACUAACCCUAACCCUCUACAGCUCAAGUGUAGCUCACGUCAUUCCAACUUCAGUUCACUGCAUUGCUUCAGUAUAGGGGUGAACUCUUGCUCCUACCUAUGCCUAAAAAAGGUAGCCAUUGCGUCAUUUAUCCUACGUAAGAGCUUUCGAUCUUUUACCACUAGAGGGCAACCUUGGCAUAUUUUCCCCUCACUUCAAAACUUGUCAUUACUGCCAAUACACAGUAAAUUCCACAAAAUGAAAUUGUAGCUCUGUGUUGUGUCCGAAAGCACAUGUAUGUCUUAUUCCUUAUUUUUAUGCAAACAUUUUAACUGAAAAGCAAGUCAGACCGUGACUGACCUUUUAUAACCUGUGCCUCAUAUGUCAAGUGCUUAAACCCUCAUGACCCCAACAGCAUGCGUAACUGAUGCAACUUCAGCAAAUGUCUUGGGAGAUGUGACACACUGUGCUAUGCUGCCAGCCAAGUCCCUUCAAAGAAGUCAUUAUUCACAUCAGGUGGGCAGCUGAAGUGUAGGCGAAUGGGGGUACAGUAAGUGUGGUUGCGAACAAGCUAAUCUGUCAUAUGGAACAUGUGCAUGAUCUUAUAGUCAGCCCUGCUAGUCGAUAUCUGGUUGGCUGCAGGUGCCCGCUUCACUGUUCUUAUCGCCACACUAGUCAAAGUCCUCAGUGUUCUCUGUUUGCUAGGCAACCCAAAGCCACACAAACACAACCUGUUACUCUGGAUGCUUACUUUGCUGUCAGCUGUUACAAAGAAAGGGAGUUUGUGGGAGGCCUUAUGUGUCUGGGAUAUUUGGAGUCUUCCUCUUUUUAAAAGACACGUUUUGUUGGUUUGGGAAUUAGCCGGACCCAUUAGGAACAUGAGGCUUGUGCUUUGUGAAAAUCAUGUACAAUCUUUUCUUUCUUGACCACAUUCUUCUGUGCUUUUUAGUGAAUGAGUUUUACUGAGAUGAAGGUUUGCAAACAUUGCAUGGAAAAUUGAACUUGUUACGCUUGAUAAUGUCACUUUGGGAAAUGACAGGAUUUUAAAAUAAAUAUAUGCUCGACAAAUAUAUAUGCAGCUAUGUAUAUGCUGUAUGUUUAUCAUUCCACAGAAUGUCUAUGCUACAGAUUGCAUGUAUAGCUUGAUUGCAAAAGCAAUACAUUUUGAAUGGAUAACAAGUUACAAAGAAACCUGGCUGUUUAUGUAUGGGCAGUUUCACAUACUUCCCACUUUGCAGAUAUUCUUUAAUUUAAUGCUACUACGCUAAAUGUAGAUAUAACUGAUUUGUAAAAUAAUGUUAUACGCUCCUUUUUUAAUGAAAUAUUGUUUUUGUUUUGUAUGACCUGGGAUCACGGAAAACAUUUUCUCUCAUCGAUCCUGACACUAGUUUACUAAGCACAACAUACUAGGGGAUAACUAAUUGCUAACCCCAAUUGCUUAGCAAAAUACUGGCUCAUUUUAAUUUCAUUAUUUUGGAUUUUCUUCUGUUAUAAUAAUGUUAAUCAUGAUAAAACAUACAACAAAACUUGCAGAAAUGAGGUCAUGUUGUAUAUUAUGUUUAUACCAAUAAAUCCACUUUGAUCAAACUCAA